UAUAAACUGAUUUCGACGUAUUUUGAUUUGAAGUAAUUCUCAUAUAUUGAAACAAUUGAAUAUCAAUAAAUUUUUCACACUGGAUUGGCGCGAUCAAACAAAAACAAUGGACAGUCUAGAUGCAAAUAUCAUGGACAAGUCCAUGCGAUCGGUGUUCGUUGGAAAUAUUCCUUACGAAGCUACCGAAGAGAAACUGAAAGAUAUCUUUGGAGAGGUUGGACAAGUUCUUUCAUUCAAGCUUGUUUUUGACCGGGAAACUGGUAAACCUAAAGGGUAUGGCUUCUGUGAAUACAGAGACCAAGAGACAGCACUCAGUGCUAUGAGAAAUUUGAAUAGUUAUGAAAUUGGUGGAAGGAAUUUGAGGGUUGAUAAUGCUUGUACUGAGAAGUCAAGGAUGGAGAUGCAGAAUUUGAUGAAUCAACCACCAGUUGAGAAUCCUUAUGGGGAGCCUAUACAGGCUGAGAAGGCUCCUGAGGCUAUUAGCAAGGCAGUUGCAUCAUUACCUCCAGAGCAAAUGUUUGAGUUGAUGAAGCAAAUGAAAAUGUGUAUACAGAAUAAUCCUUCUGAAGCUAGGAAUAUGUUGCUGCAAAAUCCGCAAUUGAGCUAUGCUUUGCUGCAAGCACAAGUAGUUAUGAGGAUAAUUGAUCCUGCAGUGGCUUGUAAUAUGUUGCAUCCACAAACGCAAGCUCCUCCAAUGUUAACAGUUCCUGAAAAGAAUGUUACUCCAGUACAAAUCAACAAUUUUUCAUCAACACCAGCCCCACCCCAAAGACAGGAGUUUGGACACACCACUCCACAACCAAACUUCCAAUCUCAAGAUAUUGACUUGCGUUCUAUGGAUCCAAGGAAUUCAGAUCCCAGAAUGAGGCCCAUUUCAACGGAUCAAGACAUGAGAUCUUUGCCUAAUCCAUUACCGCCUCCUGUUGCAGAAAGUUUUGCUAGAGAUCCUAGAGCUCCAUACCAAGAUACAAGGAAUCAACCACGCGGUGAUCCUCGACAGAAAAAUUUGCCACCUGCAAAUAACCCGUCACCAGUUAUGGCUCCAAACAGGCCAGUUCCUGUGCCAGCGCCUCAAUCAAUUCCUAGGGUGAACCCUGGAAUGUCACCAAAUAUAGGUCCAAGCGGUGCUUCGGACCAGGAGAAGGCAGCUCUAAUCAUGCAAGUCCUUCAGUUAUCCGACGAGCAGAUCGCAAUGCUUCCACCGGAGCAGAGGAACAGUAUCCUCGUCCUGAAGGAGCAAAUAGCCAAAAGCACACAGCGCUAAUCCAAAUGCAUUAACAUUUAA